AUGUCAAACGACACAUCAAGAUUGGUAAAGAAGAAGAAGAUGAGCACAAAGGCAUUAGUGAAGCGUCUGCUAGACGUUGUGGCUGACUUAAGUUCUAAAGUAGACCGUGUAUUACAGAAAAAAGAUGAACCAAACACAAAUGUUGAACCAGACAGAGGGUUUCGAGAGGAGGAGGAGGAGAAAGAGAUGAUAAAUGAAGAGGAGGAAGAAAAACAUUACCAUGAUACACAUUUUGACUAUGAUGAUAUAGGUACUCAUGGUUUGGAGGGGGAAUUUGGGCCUACACCUACGGAUGUUGAGUCGUCAUCGGACGUGGGUGAACAUCACAUAAAAGAAAUGACUCCUAUUGUUAGGCCGCAAAACCAUGGACCGCUAACGAGUAUUUGCUUCUAA